UGAAAGACACCAAGAACAUGGAGGCUAAGAAGCUCUCCAAGGACCGGAUGAAGAAAUACAUGGCAAGAAGGAAAUGGCAGAAAACAGGCAAUGCUGUGAGAGCCAUCGGAAGACUGUCCUCUAUGGCAAUGAUCUCAGGGCUCAGCAGCAGGAAAUCUUCAACAGGGACACCGACCAGCCCGCUCAACGCAGAGAAACUAGAGUCUGAAGAGGAUGUGUCGCAGGCUUUCCUUGAGGCCGUUGCAGAGGAAAAGCCCCAUGUGAAGCCCUAUUUCUCGAAGACCAUUCGUGAUCUGGAAGUUGUAGAGGGAAGUGCUGCUAGAUUUGACUGCAAGAUUGAAGGGUACCCGGACCCAGAGGUGGUUUGGUUCAAAGAUGAGCAGUCCAUUAGGGAGUCUCGCCACUUCCAGAUAGACUACGAUGAAGACGGGAACUGCUCCCUGAUCAUUAGCGACGUCUGCGGGGAUGACGACGCCAAGUACACCUGCAAGGCUGUCAACUGUCUCGGCGAAGCCACCUGCACGGCAGAGCUCAUUGUGGAGACCAUGGAGGAAGGGGAAGGGGAAGGGGAAGAGGAGGAAGAGGAGGAGUGAAGCGAAGCCAGACAGAAGCAGUUUCUAAGUCACUUUUAAAGGACUAAUUGUUUAAAACUCAAAAACAAGCAAACAAAACUCAAGCUAGUAAAAGCACCCGGUGUGAUAGGUUACCUAGUUAAGUCAUUGUGGGAGCUGGUUCAGCACAGCGAGCAGCCGUACCUGGCAGUGUUAUCGAUGGGCAUUCAUUUGAAUUAGCUGGCACCUUAAGAACUAAUGCAGCUAGAUUUCAUUUAGAGGAGAACGCACGCCAGCGACUUUGCCAAAUGAUUUUAGAGGGGGAAAAUA